AUGUACCUUCUUCCUUUCUUUUCAGUUAAACUUUAUUCCCUGAAUCAUCUUUUCUCCAUUACUUUCUUUCUUUCUUUCUUUCUUCCGUUAUCUUUCUUUCUUUCUUCUAUUUGCUGCAUUCUUUUGAUUGAUUCUUUCUUUCUUUCUUUAGUUUGCUAUCUUCGUUUUCCCGUUUUAUCGUCCUUCCUCCCUUUAAUUUUUCUUUCUUUUGUUCUUUCCUUCUUUUUCCUUUUUUUUCUUUCUUUCUUUCUUUUUUCUUUCUUUUCUUUCUUUCUUUCUUUUUUCUUUCUUUUCCCUCCAUCCAUAUAUCUUUUCACAAACCCUGUCUCCUUUCUUUCUUUCUUCCUUUUUCUUUCUUUCUUUCUUUCUUUCUUUCUUUCUUUCUUUCUUUCUUUCUUUCUUUCUUUCUUUUGCCCCUGCAGUAUGUCUACAUCUUAUGUUUUUCACAUUAACACUUAUACUUCUUUUCUUUCUUUCUUUCUUUCUUUCUUUCUUUCUUUCUUUAUUUAUUUAUUUAUUUAUUUAUUUAUUUAUUUAUUUUGCAUUUUCCCCUGCACUAUGUCUACAACAUCUUAUGUUUUUCACAUUAACACUUAUAUUUCUUUGGUUUGUUUUAUUUUCUUUCUUUCUUUCAUUCAUUCUUUCAUUCUUUCUUUCUUUCUUUUACGUUUUGAAUGA